AUAUGGCGAACAAGUGCGUUUAGUGUGUUUGUUUCACAUUAGCAGUCUGAUGUUAAGAUUAAUUACAUUUGACGCUUGUAAUACGCUAUUUCAUGUUCGAGGCUCGCCUGGAGAACUGUACAGCAAUGUGGCCUCUCGUUUUGGUGUCGAGAUAAAUCCUAAACCUUUGAACGAUUCCUUCAAAUACUCCUUUCGAGAAUUCUACAAAACCCUGCCAAACUUUGGUGCGAACAAAAAUAAAACUGCCGAAAAAUGGUGGUAUGGAGUGGUAACACAAACAUUUCGUUCAGCUGGAUACCACGAUGAAGCAAAUUUAGCCAGGAUUUCCUCUGUUUUGUAUCGUGAAUUUUCAACAUCGAAAUACUGGCAAGUUUACGCUGAAACUCAUUCUGUGUUGGAGCAUUUAAAAAAUCAGAACUACCAUCUUGCCGUUGUAUCUAACUUUGACGAACGACUUGGUGAAAUUCUCGAGCGUCUGAGCUUAAACGACUAUUUCGACUUCAUAGCGUGCUCGUUUAGUGCUGGAGUUUACAAACCAUCUCCUAAAAUUUUCGAGCUUGCUCUGAAUCAUUUUGGCGUUAAAGCUGAAGAAGCCCUACAUGUUGGAGAUAACGUGGACUUAGAUUACAAGCCAGCAAUGCAGUUGGGAAUGAAAUCUUUUAUUGUAGACAGGUUUUGUAUGGACUUCAGCGAAAAAAUAGUCAGUCCUGAGCAUAUUAUCAGAGAUCUAACUCCUUUGCUAAAACUUUGAAUUAAAAUCGCCAUGAUCAUUGUAUUUUAUAGAUUGACAACUUGUUUGGUGGGUAUAGAUUAAAAAGUUAAGAAAUAA